AUUUUUCAAUUGUGAAAGGGAAGCAACUUAUAUGGUGGUCAUCUUAGCAUAAAGAUGUGGAAGAUAAGAUCAACUUUAAGCCAGCAAACUAUCAAUUGAAGGGUGAAGGGUGUGUCUUUGUUCUGGUCUUAUGUUUUAUGUUGUAUUGGUUAUUGUCUAUUUGUAGUCGCAUUACAAUAACCAUGGAUCCUAACAAUAAUAUGCAUCCACCUCAAGUGGAAAGUCUGGUGUGUUUUCCAGUUUGGGCUGCAAAACACCAGCCAUUGGAGGGGCCCUCCCCCAUUAUCAGGGAGCCCCUACCUAAUCCAAUGGCACCGGACUGCAAAACACUUUUUUGUCUCUAGGACACAUUUUAUUAUCAUGUGUCAUGUUAAUGUGUUACUGCUUGCUGCUCUUAGAUACUCACCAUAACUUGGUAUGCCUGAUUCUUGUGGUUGCUGGGAUUUAUUUGAGAACAUUUGAAUGGUUUGAACCAUUUUCUGUACCGUAGCUUUUUCUCAUUCUAUAUAUUAAAUAGCUUAAAUGUCAGUGCCAUCAACAACCUGAAUAAUUUAGCAUCCAGAAGAUGAAAAGUACCCAGUAUUGCUAGUUUCCUUGCAGUAUUUAAUUGUGUUAAAGACUUUUCUGAACAGAAAGUGUUUAAGAUGUUGUUUGGACUAUAUUUUAAUGAAUUUAUUACUGUGUAUUUUAGUUGUGCAGAAAUGGUUAUCCUUUGAAAGCUGCCACCUAUUUAGUGCUUUUUGAUCUAACAUUCUUUCAGUCCUAUAUAUGCUUGUAUAAUUAUAAUUUAUUGCAGGAGAUGAGUAGUAAUCUUGAAGAGUGUAAAACCUUAUCGUGAAACAUGUGUCAGAUUUAAGAGAUUUAUUAUAUGUGAAGACAGAUAGUAUAAACAUGGAAAAUCUUUUCUAGAAACCCAAGUUUAUUUGUUAUGUUAAAUUCUCAAUAUUGAUUGGCAGAAUUGGUGAUUUAAAAAGGAAGCUGUAUGCCUUAUUUGUCUACCUCAGGUAUUCUUGUUCUGUUAAAUCUGUUUGUCAUAGUUAUAUUGUUCUGAUCGAUCAUUGGAUUGUCUGUAAGACCUAGCAACCAGCCUUCUUGGAUGUCAGGCACAUGCCAAAACUGGUUCCGAGUGAUCUCUAUAGCAAGCAAGCAGCAUGCAUCGAUUGACAGGCUAUUUAGAUGUGUUAAUUCUCCAAAGGUUCUUGUAUAUUUUUGUCUGUUAGUUCAUGUAGAGCCAGGAAAUGGAUUACAGUCAAUGACAAGAAUAUGUUGUAUAAAUUCCUCUAGGAUGU